CUCACCUGGACUAAGCACCUUCUCUGACUGACCACGGUGAAAGAACAAAGACCACAGACAUGGCGUCUCAAGGCCUCCAGAUUAUGGGUAUUAUCUUGGCGAUUGUUGGAUGGCUGGGGGCUAUAAUUGUGUGCGCGCUGCCCAUGUGGAAGGUGACGGCGUUCAUCGGCGCCAACAUCGUGACGGCUCAGACCAUCUGGGAGGGCCUGUGGAUGAACUGCGUGGUGCAGAGUACAGGGCAGAUGCAGUGCAAAGUGUACGACUCCCUCUUGGCUCUCCCCCAGGACCUGCAAGCGGCCAGGGCCAUGGUCAUCAUCUCCAUCAUAGUGGGCAUCUUUGGCAUCAUGAUGGCCAUCGCCGGGGGCAAGUGCACCAACUGUAUGGAGGACGAGGCUUCGAAAGCAAAGGCGUGCAUCGCCGCGGGCGUGGUCUUCAUCUGCUCCGGCCUCCUCUGCAUGAUUCCUGUCUCCUGGUCGGCCAACACCAUCAUCAGGGACUUCUACAACCCUCUCUUGGUCGAGGCACAGAGGAGAGAGCUGGGUGCUGCGCUCUACAUUGGAUGGGGGUGUGCAGGUUUACUGCUACUAGGGGGAGGUCUGCUCUGCUGGAACUGCCCCCCCAAGGAGAACCGGCCGUAUGUGGCGAAAUUUGCGCCCGUACGAUCCACGACCUCAAACAUGGACUAUGUUUGAUUUGUUGAGACUGACUUAUUUUCUUCAGACUUCCUGCGCAGGUACCUGAGAAACAUUCAGGCUUUUAAUUAAACAUAUACUUUUUAUAGCUGAACUGAUGCACUAUAAAGCACUGAGACCCUUUCUACCUGUAUAACUGAUAUCCAAUAACUUGUCGUAAAAACAGAAAUUUUUAUUUUCAGUAACUUACAAUUAGCUAUAUAUGAGUUUAUCUGUGUCUUGGUCAUUUUCAGGUUAACUAUAAACUGCUCUCAGUGGUCUUUCACUUUCUACAUGUAAUUUGAUAUAAUGGGAAAAUUUCACUUCUCUUGUAAGUGGACAUUUUUAUGUUCCAAAAUUGUUAUAUAUUAAAUGUUGUAACUCCAGCAGUAUCUUCAUAAACAUAUCAUGAUCGUUUGUACAUCUUCAUCUAUAUAUCUUUUCUACAUUCUGAGUAAAUUGUAAAAUGGGAAGGCACAGGCUAGCUAUCAGGAAAAACAUUAUACUGUAAGUAACAGGGUUUCCACAUAAAACAUUGUAAGCUAUUAGACUGUGAUUUUUGCCUCACCAUUGUCAUUUUUGGGACAUUAAACUUUUACCUUCUGA